CUGGUGCUUGAACCCCGCUUCUUCUCGCUGCGUUUGGUGCGAAAAACACGGACCGCGAUGAUGCGAGGAAGUGGGCGACGCGUGGGUGCGCUGUUGGCGCUCGGGGCUAUCGUGGUUGUUGGCUGUUCCGUGCUGCUCUGGACUGGGCUCACCAGCGAGGAUGGCGCGUGUCCGAGACCAACCAGCGUCCAGGACGUGUUGCGAUGCAUGGACCUGAGCGACCACGUCACUGUGGGAUCGCUGCCAUCAAGCAAACGGAAGCUGGCAAUUGGAAUUCCAAGCGUCUGGCGCUCCGGCAUCAAGAAGAGGUACAUCACAGACACGCUACACAGCCUCUUGGAUGUUCCAGAGAGGCAUCUCCUCAAGGACAUCGUCGUCGUCAUCCUCGCCGCAGAUCGCGACCCUCUCCUCCGCGAGAAGUUGAAGUUGACCAUCGCCACAGAGUUCUCGCACCAUGUGCAUGCAAGUCGUAUCAUCGUCAUCGAAGUCCCUGAUGCGUAUUACCCGCAGCUCUACCACAAGAGGAAUGACUACGAGGACUCACAGGCGCGGACGAUUUGGCGCCAGAAACAAUGCGUCGAUUACAGCUUCCUCAUGGCUUUCUCCGCCCGUCUCGCUUCCACAUAUCUCCAACUUGAGGAUGAUGUGAGCGCGACACGACACUAUUUGCCGGCUCUCAACGCGUUUGUAGAUGCAUUCCCGCAGGCGGUGAUGCUUGAAUUCAGUACGUUGGGGUUCAUCGGCAAAGCGUUUCCCUCUGCAGACCUCCCGGCACUGGCACACCUCUUUCACACAUUCUAUGCCGACGCUCCGGUGGAUCUUCUCCUGCAAUACUACAUUGCCAUUCAGAACCGCAAGAAUGACGUCCGACAGCGCCAGCCACCGCUGUUUCAGCACGUGGGCACACGCUCGUCCCUCAGCGGAAAGAGACAAACGGCGGUGGAGCCGAAUUACGAGCUGGAGUACGACCUCAAGCGAUGGAGGGCCGAUAAUCCACCGGCAGAGGUGACGAGCAGCAUGACGCCAGCGUUCUCCUCACUUCCCAUCGACGCAUAUCUUCGUGCGCCCGGCGGGUUCUGGGCGGCGGCGGUGCAAGAUGGGGACGACCUGACCAUCGCUUUCACUCGGCCCGCACGCGUCAUUCACAUUCGUGUGCGUACAGGCACAAAGGAACACAACAGCGCCGACAGACUCCAAGCCGGAGAGCUGCAUGUGUUGUUUGAAGGAUCAACGCGAUCAACAAUCCUCGCAGCUUUCGAUAAAGGCAUCGCAGAGGCUGCCGUGUCACACAAGCGCCGCGUGUCACAGGUGAAGAUUAUCAGCCGAGCAAUCCACACAACGUGGGUCAUGAUACAGGAAAUCGCCGUGCUCGUGCACAGCUCUUAAUCAAUUCAAGCGACGCUGUGUUGGUGUACUGCUGAAUCAACGCACACGUCACAUGGAACCUUCCAGGCAAAAGGAUAAUACGAGAACCAUAGUCAAACGCCGAGCAGAGACGCCACGGCGUGCUAGCUCUCAAGACAAGCAGCGCUUGCCCAUGAGUGCAAUGGAGUGCGAGAGCGCGAGAGAUGAGAGAGAAAUGAGAAAUGAGAGUGAAUGAGAAAUGUGAGGAGGAGGGAAUGCGCUGAUGCAGACACACACGGGUGCGUGUCAAGAGUUUUUUGCUGCUGCUGUUGUUGUUAUUGUUGUUAUUGUUGUUGUUGCGGUGAAGAUGUCAGGGAGCGGGACGAUGAUGGCGACGACGAUGAGGAUAUGGUAAACGCCGCUGUUGGGGCAGUGGCAUCCAAUGUAUCAUCUUCGCUGCUGUCACUCGUGAAACCGGUGCUGUUGUCGUGGUG